AGAGGUUUCCCAAUAACGUCGCAUGUCACCCGGAACAGAUCAUCAAUUUAUUUCUAAACUUUGGCGUUCGUCAGUGUCUGUGUCGCUUUAAUUGUAUUUAAUAGUGUCGCAGAUCAUUUGAAAUUCUGAGUAUUUCAUGCUUUGAGCUGGUUAGCAGUAUCUAGGCUAACGUCAGCUUGCUAGCUGAAGUUAUGUAGCAAACAGCUGUAACUGUGGCGGACUUGGAUCCGUCCAUUUUUUCCACGCAUUUUCUUCCAGUUCAGGGUCGCGGGAGCUCGAAACGCUUUGAAACGCCCAGGUACAAGUCUGCAGGUUCACUGCGUUUGUGAGCUGCAAAGCGUCAUCGUUAAAGCCUCAUACCUGAUGUUUUUGGCUUGAAAUAUCCGUAUUUCACUGUCCAGGAGACACCAUGGCUGACGACCCCCAGAGAAAUUUCCGCUCUGCAUAUUAUGAGAAAGUGGGUUUCAGAGGAGUGGAGGAGAAGAAGUCGCUGGAGAUCCUGCUCAAAGACAAUCCUCUGGGCAUCCUGCCUCCACACAGUGACUCUCAUGCUUUGGUUGGGAGCUACAGGAAAGAGCAGUACCAGGACAUCCUGCAAGCCCUGGAAGUGAUGAGAUACAUCAGCUCCUCCACACCUUCCACCCACGUCUACUUGCGCAUGUUCCAGUUGGAGAGCCAAACCCUCCCGCGAUGCUCUGAGGCCUCGCUCCCGGAUGAAGAGAAUGAGGACUUUCUCUCCAUCAGCCGGGCCAUGGAAGAGAUCGUAGAUGAUCCUGUUGACUGCUACUGGCUCAUCAAGUGUUUCGUCAAUCAGUUCCAUACAAAGUUCGGAGACUCAGUACCUCACCUUCCAAAGAGCUUGGAGCAUUAUCUGAGUCAGGAGGAACCGCGACUGCUAAACCAUUUGAAGAACAGUGGAGCCCUGCAUCAGCUGCCCUACAGCCUCUGGUUCAGACGCUGCUUCGCUGGCUGCUUGCCUGAAUGCAGCCUGCAGAGGGUUUGGGACAAGGUGAUCAGUGGCUCCUGUAAGAUCCUGGUAUUUGUGGCCUUGGAGAUCCUGCUCAGCUACAAGAUCGUGUUGAUGGGUAUCAACCGGCCAGAGGGUGUGGUCAAGUUCUUGUGCAAUAUACCGCAGGAAAACACAGAUGCCAUUGUGACUAAAGCCAUUGAUUUGUGGCACAAGUACAGUGGCACGCUGAUACAUGCUAUAUAACAGCACGGAGCCAGAGGCGAUCUUCGUUCCCAGGAUCCACCUGGACUUGCAUUGCUUCACUAAGAGACUGCAGCACUGACCGUCCAUGGGGCUUUUGUCUCUGCAUUACUCAACUGAAAACUCAUCACGGCUGCUUCUGAUAAGCCAGGGGACGCGGGAGCCACUUUUCAUACUGGCGAGUCAUUCUCCAGGUUUCUCCUGAGAGUCUGGAAAACUGUGCUGGUGAAAGAGACUUGAGUUGGUGGUGGGGAAAAAAAAGACAAGGAAACUGUAACUUAUUAUUUUUUUAAUAAGUUUCUUUCCUUAAGAAA